AACGUCAAAAGCCGCUCUCAGCAGCGGAACCGUCAUCACCAGUCAUCGCAAGUUCCGGCUGUAACCUUUCUUUUGGUACUGCGUGCCUCUCUAGGCAGGUUGCAAAGUGUUGUGUAGAGACAUAAGAUGACUAAGGGUACGUCCAGCUUUGGAAAGCGGCACAACAAAACCCAUACGUUGUGCCGCCGUUGUGGUAGAUCGUCGUACCACAUCCAGAAGCAUACUUGCUCGCGUUGUGGCUAUCCGGCAGCCAAGAUCCGAUCAUAUAACUGGUCGGAGAAAGCUAAGCGCAGGAGGACCACCGGUACUGGCCGCAUGCGUUACCUGAAGGUGGUGCGUCGCCGUUUCCGCAACGGAUUCCGCGAGGGUCAGGUGGCGAAGCCGCGCAAGGCCGCAGCUUAAUAAUUUAACACACGCAUCCCUCUGCUUUCCUUUUUCUGCAAAUACACAACACAUUGUUUACCAAGCAAAGCUAAAUCCUUGCUUUCGAAGAAAAGGUUACAUUGUAAUCUAGGAAAAAAAAUCAUUCUUCCUUUAGCGUUGGUCUGGUUUUGAGAUAAAACAAGGAAAUAUUCACGCGUGAAAUCGAUUGAAUUGUUUUGGGGGGAAAUCAGAUGAACGAUUUGUGAAACGAGGGACAGGAAUGAAAAAACCAAGCUAUAAUUAUCAAUCCUGCUAAAUUUGCUGUGUUAAUUGUAUGCUGCCUGGUAAAAAUGUUUUGCUGGUACCAAUGUAAUGGAAUGCUAACAAGGAAGUGAAUAAAAAUUCGAAACAAAAUACAAAUGAAA